UGGAGGAGGAGGAGUGCACUGCGGGAGGCCCUCAUGGGUGUGUCCAUCAUUGUCAAAGCACUCUCGCCCACCUCCAUUCUUAUUCUGGAGGUGUCAUCCUGAAGUGCCAGACAUGGACUCUGCAUUUUUAUUCUGCUGCUGCAUCUGUCACGCUCUCUUGCCUCAGCCUGAGCUCACUUCUCGUCCAGCUCUGUGGCCGAGCACAUUUUUAGCGCCUGAUAAAAAAAACAGAAGAAGUGUUUUCACCUGCGGGGUCUGGUCUCACACACACACACACAAGGAGUUGUUGGGUUCUUACUUUUGUUUUUGUGGGAAAGUUUCGAUGCACAAAUGUUUCAGACUAAACUAAAAUGUGUGACAUUAAUUUGAAUGAAAACUGUGCUUUCGUUUUUGCAUUUAUAAUCGACAAAGGGCUGACCUCUGACCCCUGACUCCCCACAGACCCAGCUUCCUCAUUGGAAGGCGUGUUAGUGGGAUUGAGGAGGUCCUUGACGUACUCCUGUCACUGACCCACAUCUCCUCUGCGCACAGUACUGACAGUGCACUGUGUGUGUGUGUGUGUGUGUGUGUAGAUGCUCGAGCUCUGGCUGUGGGUGGAAUGGGUGACGACCUGCUCCCUCGUAGCAUCCUUCAGCAGUAUGACCUUCGAAAGGACGUGUGGGCUCUGCUUCCUCCAAUGCCGACGCCACGCUACGAUGCUAACACACACCUGCUGGGCAACAAACUCUAUGUGGCAGGUGGCCGUCAGUGUAAAAGACCAGUGAAGGCCUUUGAAAUGUACGACGCAGAGACACGUUCUUGGACUACACUGCCCAUGAUGCCUUGCAAGCGUUCAUACGGUGGCGUGAUAUGGGAUGCAGCUGGGAGGCUGUGGCUGCUCGGAGGACUGCGUCAAGGGGGAGGACACCAUAGCUCCAAGUUCACCAAGAACGUCAACAUGUUUGACUCCAACCAAGGUAUGUGGUUGAAGACGGAGGAGACGGUGGCGCUGAAAACAAAGAGAGCCGACUUUGCCGCCGCGUUCCUCCGCGGCCGAAUGGUUGUCGCGGGAGGACUUGGUCACGAGCCCUCGGCUCUGGACACAGUGGACGCUUUUCAUCCUCAGAGGAAGAAGUGGGAGAGAUUGGCUCCCAUGAACUUCCCUCGCUGCUCUGCCUCCUCCAUUGUCAUUCGAGACCGCCUCUUGGUGGUGGGCGGAGUCAACCAGGUUCCCAGUUCAGCACAUGAGAUCCUCUACGUCAAAGAAGAAGAGUGUCUGUAAAUCAUGUUCACUGAUCCUCUGCACGAUCCUCCUGAAUCAGACUGUGCAAAGUCGAAUGUGUACACAGCACUGACCACACUGAGGGAGAUGGAGUCUAAGUGAAAGACGGUGUAACAGGUGAAAUGACCACAUGACGUUUGCUACUGGGCUGUUUCACAAAAGCAGGGUAAAGAAAUCCACGAUUACAGGUUGAAGUCAUUCACACACUUUAACGUAUCACAACACAAGAUGCACCCGUCGACGCUGAAAACAAGAAAGUGCUGCUGUGUAUUUCACACCCAGAGAACAACAAUAGGAGGCGGAUGAGGAAGUGAAGACAGGAAACGUGGCUGCCACGAUUAAAGUGAGUGAAACAACUGUGGAGUAGAAAUACCUAUUAUCAUUAAGAUGGUCAUCCACCGUAGUUUUCAAAGCAUAUGACCGUCUCUUUAAAUAAAUGAUUGUACGUAAAGCAGAAUCUGACGCAGACAAAAACAGUUCAGUAAUCACAGGUCAUUCAAGGGACAUUGAAAACAGGUCAAACUCACUCACAGGGCCUAGUGAUGUUUGUGACCCAAAUGAUUUGAUAAAAUAAUUGGUAUGUUUCUUUUUCCAUAUUUUAGAAACUUGUUUUUACUUAAGCAGACUAAUGAAAUACAGUAAAACACAUCAGAACAUGCAUAAGAGGACUCACAUUUAUUCCAUGUUAUUUCUGAAGCAAUACAAAUCUCUGCUUUUAGAGUUUCAUUUGUGCGACAUGUGCUGUGUAAUUUAGUUGUCUGGUUGUUUUGUGACUCACAGGUUUAAACGCUAUUAUCAUAUUAUAAUAUGUUUAUCUGUUAUAGGCAACAAACUCUUCAAUAAGAUCAAUAAGAUGUGGAAUGUUUUCAUUGUGUCAAUAUCUCUUUGUUCCUCUGUUACAUCCUAUUAUAACAUGUGAUACUUGCAAUGUGAGUCAUAUUCAACAGAAUAAAUGAGAGCUGGAUUUUG